CAGAAUUUGUAUAUUUUUAGGCGGUGCUAGCUAGCUCCCAAAAAAAUCGGGAGGCUAGAAGGAGUUUACGCAGGCUCGAUACCUUGUUUAUUGAAAAGCAGUCAAGUGUGAAAUAUAGCUAGAGACUGAGAGAAUGCGUUUUAAGUUAACGGCAAUGACCCCUCAUUGGUAAAAUAGUGCUGGUUUCGAUUCCUUAAACUGUUGCGAGCUGGCUACCUUGCUAGACGAUUCUGACAACCUCUAACAGUUUACAGUCUCGCAGUCUUUGUCUUCUGCAGUAGUUGCAAGGGUCCCGUUGUAGACUGCACUGUCAGAUCUCGGUGUGGAGGUAUGGCCAGUGCAGAGGGAAACAAACUUUGGGGUGGGAGGUUUGUUGGGGACACUGACCCCAUAAUGGAGAAGUUCAACGCUUCCAUAGCGUACGACCAGCGGAUGUGGGAUUCCGAUAUUCGCGGAAGCAGGGCAUACGUGAAGGCGUUGGAGAAGGCUAAGCUGGUGUCUGCUGAGGAGCUAGAUGACAUUUUGCGGGGUCUAGACAAGGUUUCUGAGGAGUGGUCCAAAGGUGUGUUUGAGAUCAAAGCCGGAGACGAAGACAUCCACACAGCCAAUGAGCGGAGACUGAGGGAGCUGAUUGGUGACGCGGCGGGAAAGCUGCACACAGGAAGGAGCCGGAAUGACCAGGUGGUGACGGACAUGAGACUGUGGUUGCGGGACGCGAUCUCAACCUUGAAGGGCGACAUAGUGCAGCUCAUCAACACCAUGGUGGAGCGGGCUGCAGCGGAGAUCGACGUCCUGUUUCCUGGUUACACCCACAUGCAGAGGGCCCAGCCAAUCAGAUGGAGCCAUUGGAUUCUUAGCCACACGGUAGCCCUGACCAGAGACACGGAGCAGCUGGAGGAGAUCCGGAAAAGGGUCAAUGUCCUGCCUCUGGGAAGUGGAGCCAUUGCUGGAAAUCCAUUCGGGAUCGAUCGCGAGCUGCUUCGUAAAGAGCUGUCCUUCGACUCCCUGAGCCUAAACAGCAUGGAUGCCACUGGACAGAGAGAUUUUGUCGUGGAGUUUCUGUUCUGGGUGUCUCUGUGCCUCACUCACCUCAGCAAGAUGGCGGAGGAUCUGAUCCUGUACAGCACCAAGGAGUUCUCCUUUGUCACGCUCUCAGAUGCCUACAGCACUGGCAGUAGCCUGAUGCCUCAGAAGAAGAACGCCGACAGUCUGGAGUUGAUCCGCAGCAAAGCUGGACGAGUUUUUGGGAGGUGUGCAGGGUUCCUCAUGACGCUCAAAGGACUCCCCAGCACAUACAACAAGGACUUACAGGAAGACAAAGAGGCCAUGUUUGACUGCUACGACACCGUCCACGCUGUGCUGCAGGUGGCCACAGGGGUGAUGUCCACGCUGAAGAUCGACCCCAGUGCCAUGCAGGCAGCUCUCAGCCCUGACAUGCUGGCUACAGAUCUGGCCUACUACCUUGUCAGGAAGGGCGUGCCGUUUCGAGAGGCUCACGGCUGCUCUGGGAAGGCUGUCUUUCUGGCCGAAUCUAAGAAUGUUCCCUUGAACCAGCUGAGCGUGCAGGAUCUAAACACAGCCAGCCCUCUGUUUGAGAAUGACGUGUCCACAGUGUGGGACUACACCAGCAGCGUGGAGCAGUACAGCGCCCCCGGUGGCACUGCCCGGAGUAGUGUCACUGCACAGAUUGAAUAUCUGCGUGGCUGGCUCAAAACACAUGGGCAGUGAACGAAGAGGUGUGCCCCCUCAUACACACUCUCAGUGUAGUGGACACAAUCCUGGGGUUUGAAUGCAUGGCUGGGAUGGGGUCAUGGAUGGUUUUAGGGGUGUGUGUGUGUGUGUGUGUGUGUGUGUGUAUUUGUUUGGAGUGAGUGGUUUAAUGUGAUGUGCUGUUUCUGGGUACAGUAAAGAAACGGAGGUGUGUAAAACAUGCAUAUAUACUGUGUGUGAACUGCUGCUCUGAGAUCUGCUUUCUGCUGAAUUAUAAGAUACAAUAAUAUGCACAAGUAUAACUUUAAGGGGUAUUCAGUCUAAACACUAUAGAGUAUUGUCCUCAGCUAUGUGACAGGUAUAGUCAAGGGUUGCUUUUUUCCCCCACUGGUCCAUUUUCAAAAAUUUACCAUUCACCAAAAUGAAAGAAAAGUGUCUGGAAAAAAUAGUUU